AUGUCGCCAGCCUGGGCGGGUCUCCUGGCUCUGGUUCUGGCUCUGGCUCUGGCUCUGCUGUCGACGAUGAUCCUGGCUGCGUCUCCGUCUAUCGGCUCCCCUCCUGCAGACUUUGGCUCCGGCUCCGGCUCUGCGGUCACCGUCCGCGCAAUGACUGACUGUAGCGGCUCCGUCCCCUCCCUCUUCUGGCGCUGGGACUGUCUCGGGACCCGCUGUCGGGGCAGUCAGCGGCUCUGGCAACGCGAAACGCUGUUUCAGGCAGCACCCUCGGCGACACACGUCCGUACGACACCCCGGGCCCGCUCGGCAUCCGCGUCCCCUGUCGGUGUGGCUGCGGGCUGCGACGGCAAUAAUGCGUCCAAUCCAUCCAGCCGGUGCGGGCAGAUAGUCCUUCCUGUUAUGACUCUUGGUCUCAGUAUUGCGGUCACCGCUGCGCUUGAACCUGAACCUGACACAAACGGCUUUCCGGACAACGACGACACGGGUACUUCGGGGAAUGGCGACAACACUGUCUGGGCAUAUCGGUCAAUGCGCGGAACGCCUCUCCUACCCGCUGUGAUGCGUCCGGCCCUGGCACCGACGGAUCCGAUGAUGCGUCUGCGUCCGGGUGCCACUCUGCUCUGGCGGUUCCAACGGACGCCUCUGACGGCAGCGCAGCGAGCGUCGACGUGCCAAACGCGUCGGAAGACGACGACACCUCUGGUAAUACUCCCGACGGGUCCGCCAACGAGUCUGGCUCUCUCCACGUAUACUCAUGCUGCUGCCGGCAACGUUUCGAGCGACGAGACCGCGUCUGCUAAUUCCGGCGGCGUCGGGGCGGAUAGCGGGCCCGUCUCCGCGACUAGCGGUCGCCAGAAUGCUUCUGACGCUGCCGCCGACGGAACGGGCUCUAGCGACGAUGCAGGCAAGGCAACGAGGUGGAACAGCGCGCUUGCUCGUGCAACCAUCCGACGUUGGCCACUCAAGCGCGGACAACGGUGCUUCUGGAAAAUGGCGCUGCCGAUUCGGACGGCGGCAAUGAUGCCAGCGCAAGUCCGGUCUCAAGCAGCGGCGUCGCAGGCAUUGUCUCUAGUACCGCCAACUCAGUUGCCAGUGCCGACGGCAGCCCCGCUGGCAACAGCAGCACUACGGCAGCGGGGGACGAACAACCGCGCGCUGUGCAUAGGCUUCAUCUGUGUCACGUUGAAUGUUGGUAGCGAGACGUCAGGAUCAUCAGCGAGUGACUCCGUUCCCGCGCUGGGUGGCUCUCCAAUCCAAACUGUGCUGGCAACGGAGGCGUCGAUGUCUGCUUAG